AUGUCUACAACUCCUCUGAGGCCACAGACUGAUGAUGGAAAGGAAAGAAGCACAUUGGAGAAUUCUACUUCAGUCUGUGAGAGUUUUUUUUAUCUUGAUUUAGUUCUAGGUAUUGUCUUCUUCAUGCAAACUGGAGCUGGUUUACUGGGAAAUCUCUUCAUCCUUUGCCAUUGUAUCUCCAAAUUCCUAACUGCUGGCAGGAAGAGGCCCAUAGACUCCAUUUUUUUCCACUUGUCCUUGUCCAACUUCAUAGGACUCUUUUCCAAGGGAAUACCUCAGACAAUGGUUGGUUUUGGGCUGAAAAAUUUCCUGGAUCGAGUCAGCUUUCGCUUUAUUGUUUUCCUCCACCGAGUGGCCCGCAGUCUUUCUGUCACUAUCACCUGCCUUCUGAGUGGUCUUCAGAUUAUCACCAUCAGUCCCUUUUCCUGUUCCAUAUGGUCACAACUCAAAACCCAUGCCUCAAUAUACAUUUUCCCAUUUUGUUUUUUCUGCUGGAUCCUACAAAUACUGAUACAUAGCUAUAUGUUUCUGAACUUGCAAAACAUUACAGAAAGUCUUAAUAACACAAGAAUAUGGAAUCAAGGAUUCUGUUCAGAAUACAUUUCAGCCUCAUUCAAAGCCUCACUAUUUAUCAUUGUGUAUUCUAUUCCUGAUCUCCUGUGUGUGGAAUUUAUGAUUAUGGCCAGUGGCUAUCUGAUUUUUCUCCUGCAAAGACAUCAUCGGCAAGUCCAGCAUAUUCAUGGCUCCAGUCAAUUGUCCAGAAGGUCUCCUGAAAUGAGAGCUACCUAUACCAUCUUGGUGUUGGUUUGUAUCUAUGUUUCCUUCUAUUCAGUCAGUUCCAUUUUAGGGUUUUAUCUUUUUCAUUUUGAUAGACAUUCUCAGUGGUUGUUGCCCACCACAGCUUUCUUGGAUGCUAGUUACCAAGCCAUCAGCCCAUUUGUGCUUAUCAGCUCUGAUUCCCAAAUUUUCCAUUUUUUUGAAUCACUCUGGCAAAAGAAAAUAUCCCAUAACUCUUUCCCCUAAACUGUCUAGCACUCUAUUUCCACUUGUGCAGAAAGAAAUCUUUC